AUGAACCCCGAAGAGCUCGCCCAUCUUGCAGCGAUGGGGCUACCAGCUCCUACCAACGUGACGCCCUCUAUGCGUCAAGGCAUUCGGGACCGAGCCGAUUCUCUCUGGGGUCCCACGCUGAACGUGUCGCCCGAGGCAUACGCACGUCGGCGUGACCAGAGCAGACGAUUACAGUUGGCCCGAGAUCAGGGACAUGGACCAAAACGGAGGAAAUUACUAUCAGAUUAUGAAUACAGGAUGUCGUUGGCGGUUAAUGACGUCGAUAAUAUAGGUUUGCGCGCGUCGGCGCGAAAACACUCCAUUAAGAUCUCGACAUUGAAGGAUCGUUGCGCCGGAGCCUACGACAUUACAACAGCACAUCGGAGAGAACUGUCGCUAACUCCUGAGCAAGAAGAUGACCUAGUGAACUAUAUUAUUGAGAGAGAGAAGGCAUUCCAGCCUCUCUCGAGGUCUGAGAUACGCGGCUUUGCACAGCAGCUGUCUGAGGUCAAUGGGCAGUUAUCCUAUAUUGGCAAGAACUGGAAGCCUACGAAGGUCUUCGAAUCUGCUAGAAAACGUGCCGUAACGAGGAAAUCGUUAUCUAACUACUACGAGGGUCUCCAAUGGGUUAUUAAUAACAAAAACAUCACACGAGCAAAUACAUAUAACGUCGAUGAAAACGGCAUGCAACUUGGGGAAACCCGGGCCGGCAUAGUAGCAGGAACAGUCAUGACGGCACGAUCUGAGGUUAUCAAGACGGACAAUUCAACUUGGGCCUCAGUGAUCGAGUGUAUAUCAGCCGGAUCUCGCCGUCUUACGCCUGUUGUCUGGUUUCCUAACGUUUUUCCCAACUGGAAGUACGAGGCAAGUCUCUCGGGUUGGUCAAAUACAGAUAUCUUCAACCGAUGGUUUAUGGAUAUAUUUAUCCGUGAGACAACGCCAUCAGAUCCCUCUCAAUGGAGACUUUUAGUCUUGGACCAGCAUAAAUCAUAUAUCACACCAGAAUUGAUGAAAAAGGCUUGGAUGCAUAGAAUUUGGCUCUCUUGGUUACCCUCACAUUUAUCACACAUUACUCAGCCGCUCGAUGUUGCGGUAUUUGGGCCGUUGAAAACGUACUAUCAUCAGUUAACCCGUGCUUGGGCUACAUACGAAGUAACCUCUCCACAUCAACAACAACUCUUCAUAGAAGCAUACAAAAGGGCUUCUGAAAAAGCUAUAAGCCGUAGGAACAUAAUGAGUGGUUUCUCAGCUUCUGGUGUAUUCCCAGUCGAUGUGAGGAAGGCGAUAGAGGCGUUGAAGCCCAAGGAGAGAAAACGCAAGACCUUUGAGGCACCUACAACACCAAAGAGGCCACAAGUAACUGACGAUAUGACCUGGAGUACGCCUCAAGGAAGUGCCGAUAUUCAAAAACAACAGAAAGCUGCCCAAAGUGAAGGAAUUAUAUCGAUCCGUGACUUCAAUUGUAUCAUGACGAAGAUGAUGAAGUCAAUUGACAACAAAAACAGCCAAAUUCAACGCCUUGAGGAGGAAAAAGCUAUUCUCAAAGCUUUAGCGGCGGCCAAAGAGCCUACCGGCCGAGUCCCAGUUGAAUUUGAUCCAAAUGCAGCUUUCCCUUCAAUUGACCAGAUCAUCACGGCGAGAGAUCAAGCUGAAAAGAAUGUCAUAUAUAAAUUGAAGGAAAAUGCGAAAGAAAAACGCAAAAAACAAUCUGAGAAAAAAACAGAAGAUACAAUAUAUAUUAGUUAG